GAGCUAGCAUUGACCAUGCAGUUUUGGGUUUAGGUGGCUCAGAAAAUAUAGGAGUUGAACGAGUACGAAUAUAUCCUGCAAAUUCAUCUGUUACAGGCCAGGACCACUCAAACCAUUUUGAAAUACCAG